UUCUUGAUUGUUUUGGUUGAUCGCUAAAAUAAACAAACCUCAAAAAAAAACAAAUUUUUCCACAGCAAUAACAGUUCGGAAACAGCUCUCCUCUAAAUUUUAUGAAAUAACAUUGACUAGAAACUGAAAAAUUACCAAAAUGAGGCUGCAUAAAAAGAGACCAUUAGAGCUUAGUCAUCUUUCGCCCACAGUUAUUCACUUCAGACUUCAACAGUUGGAGAGAAGCAAAACCAGUGUAGACUAUCAUAUCAGACCAAAGUCGAACUAUCUUCUUAAUCAAUCAAGACCAUCAACAUCAUUCACUGAUACCGAGGAAUCUGAAUACGAUUUCUACCGACGAAUCAGAAGUGAAGUUGUUUCCAGGAUGUCGACAAAUGACGCGUCCAAUAAGAAGCAUAAUGUAGAUCAAAGAGGCAAACAAAGCAAGGAUAACUGGAUCAAACAUCCAUUCAAUUACGAGCAAACUAAGGACUUAAGUCCUCGAUGGGAAACCUAUGCCUUACAGCGACAGCAAAGUCGCCUUCAUGCGCCUAGCAAAAAAAAUCAAAAAGGAUCUCAACCUCCCAGACGGAACAAUCCGAAAGAUAAGUCUCCUUUAGAAAGAAAGGACAAUGAAUCUCGUACUGGCACACCGACUCGCGAUGACGCGAUAGUCAAUGAUGAUGCCGGUGAAAAAACGACUCUAAAUACGGGGUCUACUCGUCGCGAAGCAAGUCCGGAAAAGAAGCCUGGAGAAAUCUCGCGAGAUGAGAGUUCCUUCUAUUUCGAGAAGAAGAUUCAAACGCCGGAUUUUAUAAAGCGACACCCGGAGAAGUUUUGCGUAGAUGAAAUGCAUCAAGGUACAAAGCAGCAGUUCGUUCUGAUAGCUGCAGCGUACAACACAGACAUAACGCGAAAACAGAUUGUUGACAAAUAUCUGAGGUUGAUGGAAAAAUCAACUCCCAUGAAGCACUUGAUACAGAAGGAACAGAGUGAAGACUUGGAAAAAUAUAAGAAAUGGCUAGAAGGAGACAACAGAUAUGCUGGUUUUGGUAGUCAGCUUGAUUUGAAAAACAAGGGCUUUCUGACAGAACGGAAAGAGAAGACUUCAGCUGACUAUGAAUAAAAAACUUAAUAGAUGACGAAUUAUGACAACUCGCAAAUUGCAAGGAAAUUUCAUAUGUUUACAAAAAUACUAUACUACUCAGGAUUCUUUCUUGAAACAAACAUGCAGACAGAUUACGCAAAGGUUCUUGAGGUACGAACAGCCAUUUAUCCCUAUCAGGCAAAAACCAUUGACAUAAAGGCACAAAAAUUCAGAGCAACUCAUGGCAAGAAAAGGCCGUAUCGUUGCAAGUAG